AUGGCAGCAACAAUAUCAGCAAUGGCCAUGAUCAACACCAAAUGCAUCAACCCCACGUCACCAAAAUUCCCCACCAAACUCACACCCUCAAAACCUUCUCUCCUUUCUCUCCCGAAGGGCCUCAUCGCCUCACCCGAAAGCACCAACCUUUGCAUUCCCACAGCCGUCGCCGGAGCCGUAUUCACGGCCCUCGGAACCUGCGACGCCGCAUUCGCCGCUCAGCAGAUAGCGGAGAUAGCGGAAGGCGACAACCGCGGGCUGGCGCUGCUGCUGCCCAUAAUCCCAGCCAUAGGGUGGGUGCUGUUCAACAUUUUCCAGCCGGCGCUCAACCAACUCAACCGCAUGCGCAGCACCAAAGGGCUCAUCAUCGGGUUGGGUCUCGGCGGCUUAGCCGGACUCGUGGCGGCGCCGCCGCAUGCCGCCGCCGCUGAAGUCGCGGCGAUCGCCGAAGCCGCGAGUGACAACAGGGGACAGCUUCUGCUGUUUGUGGUGACACCGGCUAUUGCGUGGGUGCUGUUCAACAUCUUGCAGCCAGCUCUGAACCAGAUCAACAGGAUGAGAUCCCAGUGA